AUGGCGAUCGAGGACUUGGCGAACAUGUCCCAGGACGGCCCCACGGAGUACACGGUGGCGCAGGGGGUCUGCUUCAUCAAGCCAUCUGAGGAUCCAGAAACCGGAAAGAUCCUCAAGGCAAAGAGGCCGGUAGGGUCCAAGAUCUACACCACAGGCACAACCUGGAAGGGACCGCAGGGCGGACUGUGGGCCGAGGUGGACGUCGCGAGAUCUCCUGGAGAGAUGGGUUGGGCCCUGGUCUCCGGCCCUGGCUUCGGUCUCCGAGGUCCCUGCCUGAUUGACCCAGAGGCGAACGAUGGCGCGUCGCAGAUGAUUCACAUCAGGUGGCUAAAGGACCCACCUAUCUUCAACUGCAUGAUGCCCAAAGCUGCGACUGUCGGCGACCUCGUUGACACGUUCUGUUCUCGAACUGGAUUGAACCGCAAGGAGACGAUCCUCACCAAGGGCCUGCCCAGAAAGGCGCCUAACGGCACGGGCGCGCUGCUCCCCGUGGACUACACAGACCCGAAGGACGUCCUGUUCCGAGA